UUUCAGACCCGGAAGUUUAUAUUGUGUCUGUGUAUGUGUUAGCGGUGUGUGUAAGUGUGUGUGUAAGUGUGUGUGUAAGUGUGUGUUAAAUCCCUGCAGUGGAUUGUGUGUUAGUUUAAGCAGAACACACAGAGCUGGUUUGUUGUGUUGAUUUACUGUAAAGUUCGACAUUUUCCUUCUAAUAUAAGUUAGCAUUACUGUAUGCUAAGUGGUUAGCUAGGCUGCUAACUGAGUGUGUGUGUGGGCAGGGGUAAUUUAUAAUUAAGAAAAAUUGUACUGUUGUGUACGAAACAACGUUUAUUUAUUUAUUUUGGGGUAUAUAUCUUUACUAGCUUAACCUAGCGCAGUGUUUUUAGCGGCGGUGUUACCAUGGAAACGGACACGUCACUGCUCCGAGCCGAGCUGCAGGAAGAGGAGCUCUAUAACCUGCUGCAGACCGUGAGACAAACUCCGACUGACACCAUGCCCUCAAAAUCCAUCCGACCACAGCCAGGUGUGUGUGUGUGUAUCUGCUCCUCAGGUGUGUGUGUGAAGACAUUCUCUCUAGCAGAGGAGCAGAAAGUCUUUGUGAACAUCUGUCAGUCAGCUGAAGUCCCGCCCCCUCCACUCAUUUCCCAUGAUUCCCUGGUAGAUCUGUUGGACUCAGAUGAUCCUACAGCAUAUAAAGUUCCCAUGAGUCUCGGUGAGGCUCACACUGAACUGGACAACAGUUCAAACAGCUGCACAGUUUACGAUGUUGUCAUUAAUGACGAGUUUUUCCAGAAAUGUCAGGAUCCGUUGUUCCAGCAGUUUGUGAUUGCAGUGUCACUGGAGGGACUGGAGAAUAAAUACAAGCUGCAGUUAAACAGAGACAUAAAGAUUUUGAAAAACAGGAAGUUCAUGGGCUCAGUGUCGGACCAGAACAUUCGAACGAAAAGCAAGCCGGUCAUCCAGGAGAUUGGGUCAGAGGAGAUUCAGUCCACCAUGAGGAGGCCGCAGGUGUGUUUAGUUGUGGAGCCCCCUGUUGGUCAGGUGGAGUAUUUGAUUGCGGAGGUUCAGCUGCCUGGUGUGGUGAGUGACUGCAGCUAUAUACACAGACUGAACUCACAGUCUCUCUUCCUGUCUGUCUCUACUCCUGCCUGUCUCUGUCUCUCCCCUCCUGUCUGUUUGUCUCUCCCCUCCUGUCUGUCUCCCCUCUUGUCUCUGUCUGUCUUUCUGCCUGUCUGUCUCUCUCCUGUCCUGUCUGUCUGUCUGUCCACCUGACUGUCUGUCUCUCUCAGGCGUCUGGUCGGUCUUUGCUGCUGGAUGUAGGAGAGGACAGGUUGGUAUUAAACACUCGUCCCUCUCUCUUCCACCUGGACAUUUUCCUUCCCUUUCUCAUCAAUCAGGAGAACAGUGGAGCUCAGUACAACACUGAC